AUGUCAUAUAUUUCAGGAGCAAGAUCCGUUGCCGAUAAACAAGUCAGAAUUGCCUCAACUCAAAUUGAUGGAAUUGGACCUAAAAAAGCCAUUCAGGUUCGUUAUCGAUUAGGUAUCAGUGGGAACAUAAAGAUCAAAGAGUUAACUAAGUAUCAGAUCGAAAAAAUUGAACAAGUGAUAGGAAAAGAUCAUAUUGUGAAUUGGGAAUUGAAGAGGGGAGAACGAGCAGACAUCGAACGAUUAAUUUCUCUUUCUUGUUAUCGUGGAAUUCGUCAUCAAGAUGGAUUGCCCUUACGCGGUCAACGAACUCAUACUAAUGCUAGGACUUGUCGCAAGCGAAUUCGGAAAUGA